CAUCGUUGGUCAUGACGCAUCUAGAAUCAAUUUCGCUUAUUCGCUCCUUUUCUACUAUUUUUCUCUUCUCCAUAUCUCUGACAACGCAGCAAAUUGUUAGAGAUUCUGCCGAUGGCAUAAGCUUCGCAAAUUUUGCCAGACACGAAAAGCAAAGACUGGAUACCAACCAGCUUCAGUCCAGCACUGCCAAUGAGUACACAGAAUGCUUAGAGAGAUGUUUGGUUCACGAAAGCUGCACAUCACUCAAUUAUGGUGGAAAUGGGGGUGCCGAGUGUCAGCUAUUGGAGGCUAACAAGCACGAUUCUCCUGAAAAGAUGAAGUUCGAUGAGACAUUUGUGCAUUUCUCGAUAAAGAGCCCUUGCGACAAUAAACCAUGUUUAAACAGAGAAAACUGUAUCCCAGACUACCAAAAAGAUACCUACCGAUGUCGUUGCCCUUGGCAAUACAAAGUUUUGAAAAACUGUCAAAAAGGUCGAAUCCUUCCGUCCGCCGAUGGAGACUGGAUAGCCUUCUGGUGGUAUGACGUUGGUACCACGUGGCCGUCAAAUGAAAAAGACGUCCUUGCUUACGAAUUUGGUUACUGCGAGCCACGUGAUCCGUACUGCUUUAGUCGGCUCCCUGCAGAUUCUAAAGCAGAUCUCACUGAAAUGCUUGCAGUUGACUCAGAAGGUACCGCGUACAAGUGGAAUUUCAGUUCUAACGCUUCAGCUACCAGUGCAGCUUGGCGGGCGUUUCAUGAUCACAAGGAGGUAAACCGAGGAGAGAGCGUAGGCGUACUUGCAUGGAAUCCAGAAGUGCUGAACGGUAGCGAGCCGAAAGAUGACCAACGUGCAUUCAUGUACCGUGAGCAGAAUGGAGUCAAGUCGGUGCUGUUGGAUGACGAUUACUGUGAUUGUCAUUCAACCCUAAGUCUCGGACACGGUAUGUGUCUAUCUAAUCAUAAUCCUGUUUAUUCUGACGUCAACAGUUUUGGCGUGGAUGCACUUUAUGAUCCCGGCUGUCACGGACCAAGAUCAGGUAUUGGUCUUACGCUGUAUGUCCGCAGAAAAACUCCUAAUUAAUACUCAUCAUGACUAAAUGAUAACCUCUACGUAUUUUCUUCAGUAACUUAGAAGCAAACUAUUUAUUUCAAAUAUUCCAUUUAAAAGACAUGGAUUCUUUUAAUUCUUUCACACCCAAUAUUUGAUUGUUAAUUCUCCCCUUUAGCACCAACUCAUUUCUUUGUAAAUUAGCAACAGGAAUUUGGUGUUGGAUCAAAAUAAAAACUUCUACUUGAUGACAACUUUUGAGUAUGGGAGUAUACGAUGUUGUUACUUGUUGAUCACUUGUGGGAGUAAACCAGGAGCCCAUUAGUAAACCGAUUAAGCGAUAAAGCAGUUCAAAGUAUUCCUAUCUAUUUCUUCAGUAACUUAUAAGCAAACUAUUUAUUUCAAAUAUUCCGUCUAAAAGACAUCGAUUAUUUUAAUGCUUUCACACCCAAUAUUUGAUUGUUAAUUCUCCCCUCUAGCAGCAACUCAUUUCUUUGUAAAUUAGU